CCUGUUACUGGGAAUGUCUAAAAUGUUUAAGAUCAUUGUUACAUUUGGGAAAAUGUUGAUCAACUUUCCUUCAUGAAAGAACCGUAGGAUUACAGGUCAUCUCCUCACAUCACUCGAGUCCUUGAAGGCUUUGGAAAAGGACGCAAGCAUGUGAGGGACCCUGAAGAGGGAGCUUCCUGAGCUCUAAGGCAGCAAAUGUGCUUCUGUGCUGAGGUCUAGCCUUUGGAGUCCCCGCGGAAUGGGGCGAGUGUCUCCCCUUCCACAUCCCCUGUGGCGCAGGCCUGUGCUCCAUCGCUGUCCCACUGACCCUGGACUCAAGAAGACCAACACUCGUGCAUCUCACGUCCCCAAAACUUCUCAGAGCAAAGGGGCUUUACUGCUCAGCUUUCCCCGAGUCCCACCGUCCAAUGGAUUUGAGCCUAAAGUCCCCUUUUCUUGACAAUACUUGAAUGGUCUUCAGAAAUUUUAAACUAUUAUUUUUCCACAACAUUUAGUGGUUUCAGCUAGAGGGUGGAACCCCUGAGUCAUCAGGACCAGUCCUGUUUCUUCCAACCGCGCUGGCCCCCCUCAGUGAACUCCCUCUUGACUUAAACAUGAUGUGGAAGGUGAUCACUUCCAGGUUCCCAUCUGGACAAGCCUCUCCAACUCCCAGGACCUCGGUAUAUCCACCUGCGGGGUUGGGUCAGGCUGUGGGGAGAGGGUGGGACAGGGUGAUUUCUCAGCCCCCAGCUCACCCAGAAGGCAAUGGAGCCUAAGUUCCCCUUCCAGGCGUGGCCUCAGUCUCUCAGCCCGAGCUUCCUGCUGGGGCGUCCUCAGCCCCACCCACCACACUGUAGGCAUUUCCUUCCCUACAGAGGGAACCAGACCCAGGCUCUGGCUGUCAGAUGCGGACAUGGUGCCCCUGCUACUGCUGCCCCUGCUGUGGGGAGGUUCCCUGCAGGAGGUUCCAGGAUACGAGCUCAGAUUGAAGGAAAACUUGACAGUACAGGAGGGUCUGUGUGUCCAUGUGCCCUGCUCCUUCUCCUACCCCUGGAGUUCAUGGUAUUCCCCCGGUGAACUCUACAUCUACUGGUACAGGAGUGGGGACGACAGACGCCAAGCUAAUCCUGUGGCCACAAACAACCCACGUUCUCGAAGGAGGCCUGAGACCUCAGGCCGAUUCCGCCUCCUUGAGGACCCCACACCCAACAGCUGUUCCCUGAUCAUCAGUGACACCAGGAUGAGCGAUACAGGAAGCUACUUCUUCCGAGUGGAGAGAGGAAAUAAUGUGCAAUAUAAUUACAGAGAUAAGAAGCUGAAUUUGCAGGUGACAGGUAUGGCAGGGGAACCCAACAUCCACAUUCCGGAACCUCUGGAGUCCGGCCGCCGUACAAGCCUGACCUGCAGCCCGCCAGGGUCCUGCGAAGGGAGAAGACCUCUGACCUUCACCUGGGUGGGGGAAGCUGUUUACUCUCUGGGCCGCCAGGCCCUCCGCUCCUCAGUGCUAACCUUCACCCCAAGGCCCCAGAACCAUGGCACCAACCUCACCUGUCAGGUGAAACAAGGAGAUUCAGUAACUAUGGAGAGAACCAUCCAGCUCAAUGUGUCCUGUGAGUCUGGAGGGAUGGCUGGGUCCCUGUGGGUAGUAGGAGUGCUGUGUGGCCAGGCUCUGCGGCUGCUGUGUGCUGCUGACAGCAACCCUCCUGCAGCACUGAGCUGGUUCCGGGGGUCCCCAGCCCUGAACGCCUCCCCCAUCUCCAGCACUGCGAUCCUGGAGCUGCCUCGAGUGGUGACUGCAGAAGAAGGAGAGCUCACCUGCCAAGCUCGGCACCCGCUGGGCUCCCCAAGUGUCUCUCUCAGCCUCUCUGUGGUCUACCCCCCAGAGCUGCUGGGACCCUCCUGCUCCUGGGAGAACAAGUGGCUGCACUGCAGCUGCUCCUCCAGAGCCCAGCCAGCCUCUUCUGUGCGCUGGCGGCUGGGGGAGUGGCUGCUGGAGGGGAACUUCAGCAAUGCCUCCUUCAAGGUCAUCUUCAGCUUAGCAGGUCCUUGGACCAACAGCUCCCUGAGCCUCAGAGAGGAGCUCAGCUCCAGCCUCAGGCUCAGCUGCGAGGCUGGAAACGUCUGUGGGGCCCAGAGCGCCACUAUCCUGCUGCUGUCAGGAAAGUCAGUGUCCCCGUCGGGAGUGGUUCCUGGGGCUCUUGGAGGCGCUGGCGCCAUGGCCCUGCUGUCCCUGUGCUCAUGUCUCAUCUUCUUUUCCAUGUAAGCCUUUGUCCUGGGGAGGAACAGGGAGGUGCGUGGUCGGGGAUGAUGAGAGAUGUCACUGAAUCCCAGAAAAGCAGAGCCGAGUGCAUCCAGAGGGGCCUUUUUGGGGAGGUGGGUGGGGAACAGCUUUAUUGAGAUAAAAUUCCCAUGUAGUUGAAGUGUACAAUUCAAUGGCUUUUGGUUCAUUCACUCAGAGCUGUGUACCCAUCACCACAAUCAAUUUUAGAACUUUUUCAUUAGCCCAAAAUGGAGAAGAAACAAACAAAAAGAAAUCCUACACCCCUUAAUUGUCAUCCCGCCCCCAUUGUCCCCCCAGGCCUAGGAAACCACUAAUCUAUUUUCUAUUUCUCUAGACAUUUCAUAUAAAUGGAAUUAUAUAAUACAUGGUCCUUUAUGACUGACGUCUUUCAUGUAGCAUGAUAUUUUCAAGGUUCAUACAUGUGUCAGUACUUUAUUCCUUUUUAUUUCUAAAUAAUAUUCCAUUUUAUGAAUGGGGCACAUGGUAUUAAUAUGUGUCCAUUCGACUGUUGGUGGACAUUUGGGUUGUUUCUACGUUUUAGCUAUCACAAAUAACUGCUAUGAUGACUCGUGUAAAGCUUUUGUGUGAAAGCGAGGUCUUUAGUGAUGGAAAUUCAAACUUGGCCAAAUGCCUGGUCAUCCAAGGGGACCGGGUACUCACUUGCAUGUCAGGAGAGUCUCUGAGUCUGGUCCCAGGGUCUG